AUGGUCAUCAAUCCCACCUACCUCGCGCAGCGGACGCGGCAGUCUGUGAAUUGGAAUGAUGCGCAGAGGCGGGUUGCGAAGAGCUAUCGGGAGUGGAUUCGUUCUGCCCCGGAGAUCCAGACGAUGUACUCGCUGAACAUUUCGGUUGGCGAGCUGCGGACGAAGAUGAGGGAGCAGUUUGAGCGACACCGUUAUGUGAAGCAGUUGCCCGUGGUGGAUAUGCUGUUGUUCCAGAGCCAUGCGGAGUACCAGGAAACCCUAAACUACUGGAAGCAACUCCCCCACAUCCUCAAGUACUUCCGCGCCGAGGAGGACCCCACCGCGCAUCUCCCCAAGAACUUCAUGAGCGGUUUCCUCGAGGGCCGGAAUUAG